UGUUCUUCGGACGGUGUCUGAAUCCGUUACCUCUACUCCGCCCCCUUCUCACGCACUACCCCACUGUCUUGCGGAUAAAUCCCCAGAGCAAAGGGUAGCAUGAUCCUUCCCGCGCCCCCGAGGGCCCUGAAGCUGGGCACUAAAGCGGUGCAGUCCCAAGCUUCCCCUGCAGAAGCCGCGCUCCUCACUCGGUCCGGAGCAGGCUCUGUUUCCCCUCCCAAGGCGGCGGCGGCGGAGCGGCGGAGCCCCCCAAAUGGCCUGGCCAGAUGCGGCAGGUUUGCUGCUCAGCGCUGCCGCCGCCGCCACUGAAGAAGGCUCGGUGCAGCAGCGACAGCGACAGCAGCAGCAGCAGCAGCGAGAAGAGCAGCAGCAGCAGCAGCAGCGAGAGCAGCAGCAGCAGCAGCAGCAGCAGCAGCCACAGCAGCAUCUCCCGUCCCGCUGCGCCCCCAGAGCCGCGGCCGCCGCAACAGCCGCAGCCCCGCAGCCCCGCAGCCCGGAGAGCCGCCGCCCGCUCGCGAGCCGCAGCCGCCGGCGGCAUGAGGCGCGACCCGGCCCCCGGCUUUUCCAUGCUGCUCUUCGGUGUGUCGCUUGCCUGCUACUCGCCUAGCCUCAAGUCAGUGCAGGACCAGGCGUACAAGGCACCCGUGGUGGUAGAGGGCAAGGUACAGGGUCUGGCCCCGGCCGGCGGCUCCAGCUCCAACAGCACCCGCGAACCGCCCGCCUCGGGUCGGGUGGCGCUGGUGAAGGUGCUGGACAAGUGGCCGCUCCGGAGCGGGGGGCUGCAGCGUGAGCAGGUGAUCAGCGUGGGUUCCUGUGCGCCGCUCGAAAGGAACCAGCGCUAUAUCUUUUUCCUGGAGCCCACGGAGCAGCCCCUAGUCUUUAAGACGGCCUUUGCCCCUCUCGACACUAACGGCAAAAACCUCAAGAAAGAGGUGGGCAAGAUCCUGUGCACUGACUGCGCCACCCGACCCAAGCUGAAGAAGAUGAAGAGUCAGACGGGACAGGUGGGGGAGAAGCAAUCGCUGAAGUGCGAGGCAGUGGCCGGUAACCCCCAGCCCUCCUACCGCUGGUUUAAGGAUGGCAAGGAGCUAAACCGCAGUCGUGACAUUCGCAUCAAGUACGGCAACGGCAGAAAGAACUCACGACUACAGUUCAACAAGGUGAAGGUGGAGGACGCUGGGGAGUAUGUCUGCGAGGCUGAGAACAUACUGGGGAAGGACACAGCCCGAGGCCGGCUCAACGUCAACAGUGUGAGCACCACUCUGUCAUCCUGGUCGGGACACGCCCGGAAGUGCAACGAGACUGCCAAGUCCUAUUGUGUCAAUGGAGGCGUCUGCUACUACAUCGAGGGCAUCAACCAGCUCUCCUGCAAAUGUCCAAACGGAUUCUUCGGACAGAGAUGUUUGGAGAAACUGCCUUUGCGAUUGUACAUGCCAGAUCCUAAGCAAAGUGUCCUGUGGGAUACACCGGGGACAGGUGUCAGCAGUUCGCAAUGGUCAACUUCUCCAGCUGGCUGCUGGUGUCUGAAGAAUCCUGACCAACGUUUCUCUCUCUCUCUCUCUCCUGCCCUCGUCCUCCCCCAUCUCUCUCUGUAUCUCUCCCUCCAUCCCUUCCCCUUUCUGACCCUCCUCUCUUCUGCACUGCCAGAGCACCUUGGAUUUGAACUAAAGGAAGCUGAGGAGCUGUACCAGAAGAGGGUCCUGACUAUCACCGGCAUCUGUGUGGCUCUGCUGGUCGUGGGCAUCGUCUGUGUGGUUGCCUACUGCAAAACCAAAAAACAGCGGAAGCAGGUGCACAACCACCUCCGGCAGAACAUGUGCCCAGCCCACCAGAACCGGAGCCUGGCCAAUGGGCCCAGCCACCCCCGGCUGGACCCUGAGGAGAUCCAGAUGGCAGACUAUAUCUCCAAGAACGUGCCAGCCACAGACCACGUCAUCAGGAGGGAAACCGAGACCACCUUCUCUGGGAGCCACUCCUGUUCUCCGUCUCACCACUGCUCCACAGCCACGCCCACCUCCAGCCACAGGCAUGAGAGCCACACAUGGAGCCUGGAACGUUCUGAGAGCUUGACCUCUGACUCCCAGUCGGGCAUCAUGCUGUCAUCGGUGGGCACCAGCAAAUGCAACAGCCCAGCAUGUGUGGAGGCCCGGGCACGGCGGGCAGCAGCCUACAGCCUGGAGGAGCAGCGCAGGGCCACCGUGCCACCUUACCAUGACUCCAUAGACUCCCUGCGCGACUCCCCACACAGCGAGAGGUAUGUGUCGGCCCUGACCACUCCUGCGCGCCUCUCGCCCGUGGAUUUCCACUACUCGCUGGCCACGCAGGUGCCGACUUUCGAGAUCACGUCCCCCAACUCGGCGCACGCUGUGUCGCUGCCGCCAGCUGCACCCAUCAGCUACCGCCUGGCGGAGCAGCAGCCGCUCCUGCGGCACCCGGCGCCCCCCGGCCCCGGCGCGGAUAUGCAGCGCAGCUACGACAGCUAUUACUACCCUGCGGCGGGGCCGGGGCCGCGGCGUGGCGCCUGCGCGCUGGGCGGCAGCCUAGGCAGCCUGCCCGCCAGCCCCUUCCGCAUCCCGGAGGACGACGAGUACGAGACGACACAGGAGUGCGCGCCCCCGCCGCCGCCGCGGCCUCGCGCCCGCGGCGCGUCCCGCAGGACGUCCGCGGGGCCCCGGGGCUGGCGCCGCUCGCGCCUCAACGGGCUGGCGGCGCAGCGCGCACGCGCGACGCGGGACUCGCUGUCGCUGAGCAGCGGCUCGGGAGGCGGAUCGGCCUCGGCCUCGGACGACGACGCGGACGACGCGGACGGGGCGCUGGCGGCCGAGAGCACGCCCUUCCUCGGCCUGCGCGCCGGGCACGAGGCGCUGCGCUCGGACUCGCCGCCGCUGUGCGGCGCGGCCGACAGCAGGACUUACUACUCCCUGGACAGCCACAGCACGCGGGCCAGCAGCAGACACAGCCGCGGGCCGCCCCCACGAGCCAAGCAGGACUCGGCGCCCCUCUAGGGCCUGCCGUCCCCGCCUCCCCUGUCUUUAAAGAGAACAGAGACCACCGACUGGAGAGAGGAGGAAAAAAGAAAUAAAAAUAUUUUUAUUUUCUAUAAAAGGAAAAAGGUAUAACAAAAUGUUUUAUUUUCAUUUUAGCAAAAAUUGUCUUAUAAUACUAGCUAACGGCAAAGACGUUUUUAUAGGGAAACUAUUUAUAUGUAACAUCCUGAUUUACAGCUUCGGAAAAAAAAACAGAAACAACAAAAAAAAGAGAGAUGGGCCAAUUUUUUGACUCUUUAAUAGAAACCUAUAUUGUGGUGCCUUUUGCUGUACGCUAAUCUGGAGCUCCUGGAGAGAAGUCUGGGUUGGGGGUUGGGGGUUGGGGGUGGGGGAAAUGUAGGAUCCCAAGCUGGCGGGGGUGAGAGAAACCGGGCAGAGAAGAGGCUGCAGGGUUCUGGGGGGAAGUGGGCGAGGUGCGGAGCGGUGAUGGAUUGGCUCUGAGGACGGAAAUGAGGACAGGAGUAGCUUUGCCCCCCUUGUAAGACCUUGAGUCCCGGACCCCCUGAAGAGACGGCAGGGAUCCUGGGCUUGGAGCUAGAGUUGGGAUCAGGUCACGUCCAGGGGGUGACUAAGGCCCAGCGACAGCAACCUGAAUGGGGAGGGGGUCUCCCCGCUCCUCACAGCUGCUAAGGGGGGAGGCACUGAGAGCCAGCUCUUCCCAACAGCCCCUGCCCCAGGGAGGAGGCAGCUCUGCCAGGGCCCCAACGUUUGCGGCUCCUCCUCCCCCAUGGCCUCCAGGACGCCCCUCCGUCCUCUGCAGCACCUUCGUUUACAGGUCGUCUUUUCUAUUUUACGCCUGCAUGUCCUUUGCAUUUCAGAUUCUUUAGAUUGAAUGCAUGGUCACGCUGGGACCGAGAAGAGCCACUUGACAGUGUAUUUGAUUCCCCUUUUAGCAAUAACGUAACACCAUUUCUUCCUCACAACCUGACCCCCCCCCCAGGCUCCCAACCCAUCUAUGACUUCCACUCCCUCUCCAGCCCUGUCCUCCCCACCCCCCAAAACUGGGUCCACUGCUAAUUUGUCAAAAAGGUAAUUGUUUAAAAAAUAUCCCAAACAAAUGGGAAUCCUGCCCUGAAAUGUCCAAACACCUGACUGUUGACACUUGAACAUUUUUAUAUUAUAAAUAAAAUCAGAAAUAACUCA